CAGCUGCUGGGCCGAUGGUGGUAGAGAACGGUGACCACGGGCUGCAGGAUCAUCGCACAGUAUUCCCAGGAGAAAUCAUGGAUGAGAAGAUGUCCUACAAAGAGUUCCUGGAUCGCAAYGACUCCUGGUCGGCAGAGGAGAGGGACCUGUGCUUCAAACCCAUGGACAUGGCUGACCCCUUCAGCAUCCACAGAGGGGAGAACCUGCCAGACUUGUCAUUCCCCACGGACAUGAAGAACAUGCCGCUGUUCCCRGGCCACGCCGACGCUGCCAGGGACAUCCUUGCUCCACAUGGACCUAUGAUGGGACCUGAGCAGCCUUUCCUGGGGUCCCUGUAUUCCCCUGCAGAGGCCCUAGACCCAUCAGCCUUCAUUGGCCUGGAGUCAGGCACAGAAUUCCUGCCAGGAAAAGCAGUGCCUGAGGAAUACUGGAUGGGAGCUCAGCAGGACAUGAAGGGACCAGAUACCUCUUUCUUUGUUGAGCCACCAGUGCCCCCCGCAGCCGCAGAAGCAAUAAAGACGAGUCUGCCCGAGAGCCCCACGGCAGCAGCGCCUGGAAACGCUCCCGCUGCAGCCACAGCAUUGCCAGGAGAGGCUGGAGCCACCGAUGGACCAAAGGGUGCGGCGCCAGGUGCAGCCUCCGUUCCCGCCUGCGAUGCUGCGGCSCUUCCUGCCGAAAAGGCCGGGUCUGGCCAUGCCGUGGACACCAAAUCUGCCCAGGCUCCGGGGGCUGGAUUUGCCUCUCCAGCAGCAGCCAACCCUUCCCAGGCCACAGAUCCGGGGCUUUCUGCUGCCCCUGAACCCACCCCCCGCAAAGGUGUCAACGAUGUGUCCACCCCGGGGACAGAGCUCGGCUUCGCCCCGGCACCCGACGCUGGAUCCCACCACGGCCAGGAUUUGGGAUUUGCUCCAGCAGCAGGUGUGGAAUCCCACCAUGAUAUGGAUUUGGGGUUUGCUCCAGCAGGAUGCAUGGAAUCCCACCAUGGUGUGGAUUUGGGAUUUGCUCCAGCAGCAGGUGUGGAAUCCCACCAUGGGGUAGAUUUGGGGUUUGCUUCAGCAGCAGGUAUGGAAUCCCAGCAUGCCAUGGAUUUGGGGUUUGCUUCAGCAGCAGGUAUGGAAUCCCAGCAUGUCAUGGAUUUGGGGUUUGCUCCAGCAGCAGGAAUGGAAUCCCAGCAUGCCAUGGAUUUGGGGUUUGCUCCAGCAGCAGGAAUGGAAUCCCAGCAUGCCAUGGAUUUGGGGUUUGCCCCGGCAGCAGAUGCAGAACCUCACCAUGCCUUGGAUUUGGGAUUUGCUCCAGCAGCAGAUAACAAACCUCAGCACGCUGUGGACUCUGAGUUUGCCCCAGCACCAGAAGUCAACCAUGCCCACGGCCUGGAUUCUGGAUUUKCUGCAGCAGCUCCAGCCAAGCCUCUCCCCACUGUGGAUCCCGGGAAGGUGUCAGUGGAAGCCCAGCCCUGCCCUGCAGCUGCCCCCAAAAUUGCUGUGUCUGGGGAGCUGCCACCAUCUGAGACUGCCCCUCAGSAAGACAAGGCUCCUGCAGAAGCAACAGCAAAGGUGGAAGYGGAAUCCAAAGCUCCAGAAGUUUUUGGGGAUGACUCAGAGAAGAUGAAGGACAGGAAACCUCCCCCCAGCCCCCCRGGCGAGCAGCUUCCUGGGAAAACCAACCAGCACCCGGAGCCAGCAGUUCCAGCAGAAGCAAAAGGAGCACUAGAAAAUAAAGCCCUUCCAGAAAAAUCCACUCCUGCUGAGGACGGUGAGGCACAAAAGGAGGAGGCUGAGCACAACCACGUCCAACACGUGGAACCUCAGGAAGGGAAAACCCUGCAGGAGCCCACAGGUCUUCCCACUGCACAAGUCAGGCAAGCUCACAAAUCCAGGGACCGCGGGUUUGGCAGAGCAAAACCUGCCCCAGUGCCUCUCACAGAUGGGCCAGAGGAGCAUCCUGUAGGUCUCCCACAGCAGAAGAGUCCUGAGCCCAGAGCAGAUCCCUGUUCCACAGUGGAGCUUGGCUGUGGUGCCGGAACGUCCCCUUGUUUUAGGGUUCCACACAAAAAGGCCACCAAUGUCCCCAUGGAGCCUGUGGAGAGCUGCAGAGAUCCCCCCCGGGAAAACUGGGAUUUGGAAGGGGCUGUUGUGAAGAAAAAGAAAAAGAAACCAAAACAAAGGAGAAACCAGCUGCCCAGAGGGAUGGAGUUCUGGGAUGAAAACGGAGCAGCCUGCAGAGCUCCCAGGAACGCUCCCUUUGGGKUGGAGUGGCAGAAUCCAGACGUGUGUCCCGGAGCAGGGAGCAGGGAGCAGCCRCUGGCCUCGGGAGGCAGAGCUCUGRAUGUGCCAAAGGAUGCUAAAAUAACAGCUGGGAAUCACACCCUGAACGAGCAGAACGCCUUCCCCGGGACAGCCCCGGGACAGCAGGCCCCAAAAUCCAGCGUGCUGGGUGCCAAACCCACAGAGGAGGUGAAGACAGGAGCAAUGAGGGAYGACAGCUGGGUGCUGGAGUCCAAAGACAAAACCAAGGAGCAGGUGGGAAAGACUGAGGAGGAGGAAUCUGCCACAGCGAAGGGACCCACCAGGGCCACGGAGAGAGAUCGUCCCAACAAAAACGAGAAGAGGGAGGAUAAGGAGUCAAAAUGUGCUGACCUGGUGGUCAGUCUGAACAAAGCAGAAACUCCCUUACAGACCAAACCAUUGGAAUUGCCCCUUUGCCAUAAAGAUAAGGAGCCUAAAACCCCAUCUGCWGGGCAGGAAGCAUCUGGUGGCUCUGUCCAUCAGUCUUCCUAUGGAUCAUUGGAAGCAGCAGCUGAAAAAAACUGCGAAAAAAGCAAAGGGGCUGAAAAGGAAUCCCUGAAACAGCCUCACCUGGAGGCUGCAGCCAUGGGGGACAAGCUCCCUACGGAGCCAAAGGCAGCUGGGGAAGGUAAAGCAGGGUCAGAGGGAGGGCUGAAGACCCCAACAAAAGCUCCUGGAGCUCCUGUUCCAGCGUUGGCGUCACCAAAGGCUGAGGAGGCUCCAGCUGUGCAGGACAGAAAGGCUGAGGGUGCUCCCGAUGCUCCCAAACAUCACACCACUGGUGAGGCAGGGGGCAGGGCGAUGGCAGCAGAUUCCCCAGAUCCAAACAAAGGGAAAGGAUUUACUGCCUUAGAGCAGCAGGCUGGAAAAGAUCCCAGUUUUACACACAGGGUGGACAGGCCUAAAAAAAAGCGUGGUGAAGGGAGAGUUAAAAGAAUUAAAAAUUUCUCAGAGCAGAUGAUGCUCUCAGAGGAUGGAGGCAAUUUCACUGAUGGAGGGAGGACAGAUGAGGCUGGAAAAGAAACAGCUUAUCCUGAGAAUGAUGGAGGUUUACCUGCCAGGGGACACCCACCAGCCAGCCCUGCACAGGCCUGUCCUGCAGACAAGCCCAAAAAAAGGGACAGCGAUGGAAGGAGCAAAAAAGGGGAAAGAAGCUUUUUCCAGCAGCCUUUCCUUGAGAAUCAGAUGGAUCCAGGCAGUUUUCCUGAGGUGAAGGAGGGCUGUGAUAAGGACAGAGAGGGAGGCUCUGUCGCCGCUGGGGGCUURCAGGAAAACGCAGCUAAAAUGCAAAGGCCAAUUGAGCUGGGACUGGAGAAAGCGACAGAAAGUGGUGGGAAAAGUGUAGGAGCUGAUUUGGGAGCUUCAGACCAAGUUUUGGUGCUGGAGAGCAGGGGAGAGGAAGCCAAACAUUCUGCCCUGGCURCCACCAUCAGUCCAGCAACACAGGUGGGCUUGGCUGGGAGAGGCAGAGAGGCUGGAGGAGCUGGGGACUCUGCUGGGCUCAGCUCGGAUGUGACGGUGCUGGCAGAGAAAGCCAGGAAAAGGAGCAGUGAUGGGAGAAGGAAACAKCCCGAGAAAAGCCCUUCUGGUCAGGCAGCUGUCCCGGGUGCUGGGGGGGAAAGCAGCCAGGAGCAGGCGGCUGGAGGCAGGAAGGAAAUGAGCCUGGAUAAGGAGACGGGGUCUGGUUUGCAAAGGGAGAGUCUGGAGGAGGAGCUAGGAAAGCCCCAAAUGCAGGGGGGCAGGGGGAGCUUCUCCAAGCAGCCAAACCUUGCAGGCCAUGAAACRGAGAUGUCAGAGCCAGGAACAGGCAGUGCCAGAGAAACUUGGCCUACGAGUAAAGGGAAGGAAGCAGAGAGAUCCCAGCCUCUCCCAGAGCUCAGGGCAGGGAUGCACAGUCCCAGCAGGGAGAUGGGGAUGGACAAACCCAGGAGUAAAGGCAGAGAUGGGAAAGGCAGGAAGGCUGAGCACAGUCCUGAGCUGGGGCCGGGUGAUGUCUCCGCAGCAGGAAAUGUUCAACAAACUCAGACUGGAAAGGGUGAGGAGGCUCAUUCCAGGACUCCAGCCAUGCUGCUGGGUGACCUGACUGCUCCUGCUAAGGUACAGGCUCCUGCUUUGCCUUUGGAGCCAGGGAAGUCACACACAGAGGGUAAAGAGAAGCACACAAAGGUGGAGCCUGACCCGCAGCUGCCUUUGCUGCUGGAGCAUAAAGCAGGAGCAGAGAUCUUYCCUCCUUUUGGCCUGGAGGUCAGGGACAAACCUGAGGCAGGAGGUGCCAGUCCUUGCAGCAGGAAUAAAAACCCUGUUCCAGAGCAUCCAGCAGUGUCAGAUCCCAGUCUGGUCCCAGUCCCUGAGAGAUCUAAAAAGAGGGGUUAUGAUGGAAGCAGUAAAAAGGCUAAAAAUGCCUCCAGGCAGCCUGUUCCUCCAGAAGCAAAACCAGGCAGGAGCGAAGCACAGCCUCCYCCGGGAUCUGGGCUGGAAUGUGGCRUGGAAGACACAGAUUUUGUAGAUGAAAACAGAAAUAUUAAAAACUUUCCCACUGGCCCUCAGAGGCUUUGGAAUAAUAAAGGAAGUGACUUCAAAUCUGUGGCUCAGACCACAGCAGGUGGCCCUGGUGACGUGGGUGAUGCUCUCUGUGGCUCCCCAAAGCAGAGAGAGGGGGGUGCAGGGACUGGGGGCCUUCCUCCUCCUCCUCCUCCUCCUCCUCCUCUGGAAGCUGUGGCACAGAAAAGCAACAAAGAGCCUGGAGCUGGUGCUAAGCAGGAGGUGCAGACCCUGAAAUCUCACAAGCAGACUGUUAGUCUGGGGCACAUAGAGCCUGGAGAAGAGGGCUCACAGGAGGAUGGGAAAAGCAGAGAGGCUGCUUCCCAGGAUGGUCAGUCCAAGGAGAGAAGCCACCUUUCUCCCAUGGCAAAGGCGGAUGAUAAAGGAACAAAACCCACUGAUAGAAAGCACAACGCUGCCCAGGCUCCCUCAGAGCUCCAUCAUGAGAUGGCAGAUCCAAAACUCAGAGCAUCCUCGGGAGCUGCUGAACAGACAGGGACACCAGGGGCCACUGUGUCCGGGGCAGAGAGGGGCACAGGGAGCAUUUCCCCAGCCCCUGCAGGGACACCAGGGACUGGAGCCAAGGGAGCCGCGCCCCAGGCUGUGCCAGGAGCUGGGAUGGACAGGAAAGGUGGAGKGGCUGAGCCGGGCGGGGGCACGAAGAGCGAGCAGAGCUCACCCCAGCACCGCAGCUCCGAGCCUGAGCCUGCCCAAACUACCCAAAAACAGCCCAAAGAGWGCAAAAAAGGUCCCUCUGAGCCUGCAGAGGAGGGCCCUGCUCGCGCUGGGGAUGCUCUCCUGGAGGACGCUCCAGUGUCAAAGACCGAGACAGAUAAAUCAAAGACUGAGAUAGAUAAACCAAAGAUGGAGAUAAAUAAACCUCAAGGCACAACCAAAGAAAAGGAAUCUCAGGCCAAAACCCAAGAAAAGGAUUCCCAAGACACAAGUAAAACAAGGGAAACUCAAGCUACCAAAGAAAUGGAAUCUCAGGAUGCAACCAAGGAAAAGAAAUCUCAGGACACGAAUAAAGAAAGAGAAUCUCAGGACAAAACUAAAGAAAAGGAACCUCAAGAAAUAACCAAAGAAAAGGAAUCUCAGGACACAACUAGAGAAAAAGAAUCUCAGGAAAUAACUAAAGGAAAGGAAUCAAAAGAAAGAACCAAAGAAAAGGAAUCUCAGGACAAAACUAAAGAAAAGGAAUCUCAAGAAAUAACCAAAGAAAAGGAAUCUCAGGACAAAACUAAAGAAAAGGAAUCCCAAGAAAUAACCAAAGAAAAGGAAUCUCAGGACACAAAUAAAGAAAAGGAAUCCCAAGACACAGCCAAAGAAAAGCAAUCUCAGGACACAACUAAAGAAGCAGAAGAAGAAUGUAAACAGAAAACUGUGAAAGAGGCAAAGAAAGAGAGAGUGAAGGCAGCAGAGCAGCUCAAGGGCUACAUGAGACCCACCAAGGCCCGAGGGGGGCCAGCCCUGGUGGCCAGGCCCGGGCUGGACAGAGGCAGCCCCCGGCAGCCRAGAGCGGCCGCAGCGCCACGGCCCCGGCCGGACAAAGGUAAACCAGAGGAGCCCAAAGCAGCCGAGACCGUGACUGGGAACGACAUCACAGCUCCUCCCAACAAGGAGCUCCCUCCCAGCCCUGAGAAGAAGACCAAGCCUGCUGCAUCCACCUCCACUCCAAAGCCGGCAGCAGCGAAAGCCAAGCCCUCGGCCACCACCAGCCCCAAGCGGCCGAGCUCGGCCACCCCGGGCACAAACAAAAAGCCCACGAGCCCGAGCGCAGGUCCUACUCCAGGCAGCACUUCCAAACGCCCUGGCACCAGCAGCACCCGUCCCUCCACCUUAACUCCAAAAGAGACUAAACCAAAGGUCGCGGAUGCGAAGCCCACGGAGAAGAGAACCUCCCUCUCCAAGCCUCCAUCCUCCACCACUCCUAAAACUUCUUCCAAGAGCUCGUCUGCUGCUCCCCGGACCACGGUGCCGUCGCCAGUGACGGCAGCGGCCGCUGCCAAAACCACAGCGGCGUCUCCUCCCAAGAGGCCGACGACCAUCAAGACAGACGCGAAGCCAGCAGACGCCAAGAAAACCUCUGCAAAGUCUCCCUCAGCAGAUUCCAGCCGCCCCAAGAGUGCUACCGGCAAUGCCACCAAGAGCAGCGCCACCACUCCUUCCACCGCUGCCUCCAGCACUCCCAGCGUGCCCGGGGCAGCCCCCAGCCGGCCCAAGCCCAAAUCCGCCGCUCCCAAAUCUGCCACGGCCUCCACGGUGUCGGCGGAYGCCAAGAAAACCACGGCCAAGGUGGGCAGCAAAGGCAGCACCAGCACCCGAGCACCGCGCCCGGCCAGCAGCGCCUCCGCCCCCGACCUGAAGAACGUGCGCUCCAAGAUCGGCUCCACCGACAACAUCAAGCACCAGCCGGGCGGGGGAAAGGGGAAAGUAGAGAAAAGGCCAGACUCAGCCGCCGCCGCGCCCAGGGCCGAACCCGGUGCGGGCACUAAAGUGGCUCCUAAAGCAGCCGCAGCAAAAGAGGGGGUCCCCAAACAGCCCAAUGGGAAAGUCCAGAUAGUCUCCAAAAAAGCGAACUACAGCCAUGUUCAGUCCAAGUGUGGUUCCAAGGACAAUAUUAAGCAUGUCCCUGGAGGUGGGAAUGUGCAGAUCCAGAACAAGAAAGUCGACCUUUCCAAAGUGUCCUCCAAAUGUGGAUCUAAAGCAAAUAUCAAGCAUAAGCCAGGGGGAGGAGAUGUCAAAAUUGAGAACCAGAAGCUGAACUUCAAGGAGAAGGCCCAGGCCAAAGUGGGGUCUCUGGACAAUGUGGGACACUCGCCGGCCGGAGGAGCCGUGAAGGGUGAGGGCGGCGCGGAGCCGGCGCAGCUCCCGCCGGCCAAUGGAGCAGGACCGGGCCCGGUGCCAGCAACCCCUGCACCGCGCGAGAACGGCGUGGGGCCGGCGCUGGCCGCCCUCAGCACCGCCGACCAAAGGGAAAUGCAGAGCCUCGACACUCACAUCCAAGAAACAAGCAUCUAAUGAUGACAUUAUGGUAUCGUCUUCCAUUCCCCUCCUGUCCCUUGUCUCCUCCUCUCCCCGGUGUCCUUGUCCCCUGCCCUUGUAUCGCUGCAGAUUGAGUCUCACAAGCUGACGUUCCGUGUGAAGGCCAAGGCUCGAACGGACCACGGAGCGGAAAUCGUCGUCUCCAAACCCCCCACCCUUCCCAGCAGCACCCGCCCCCGGCGUAGCACCUCCGCCAGCGACAGCCUGGGCUCCGUCGCCUCCCCGUCACCGCCGGCGCCCCCGGCCGCGCCCUCCCAGCAAGGCUUGUGACCCCUGGCCCCGCUCCACGCGCCCCGGGGACCCCAGCUUGGCUCUGUUAACCCGGCCUCUGGCUCUAGGUGGGAAGGGGACGGUGCUCCGCGGGCUGGGGCCCUCCGGCCACGCCGGCUCCCCGGARCAUCCCGGGGGUUGGGCCCCGCCCGGGCGUGCUGGGCUGGGGGUCCCUCCACGGCUGGAAAGGGGCUCCCCUCCCUCUUCGUGCCCAUCCCGUCGGUUUGGGGGGACCCCGGAGUGUCGGURUCACAUCAGGGCCGGGCCCGAGUGGCUCCUGGGCUGUGCCGGCGGCGGGGACAGAGCAGAGCCCUGCGGGGCUGUGGGGCUGAGGCCAGGCCCGAGUUAACAGGGAUAAGCUGUGAUCUUUCUUUCUGUCUCUUUUUUUUACCCCUUUCCUCCUCGCCGCUUCAGUUUCUGCCGCCCGUGGGAUGCUGAUAAAUCCCCUCCACACUCGUUAGGCUGUUUUAACUGUUGACUUGAACCUUUUAUUCUUUGUGACGAAGUGUUGAUGAUUUAUCGUGCUACGAACCCGAACCCGUGCUAAGUUUCCUUUUCUCUUUCCUUCUUUUCCGACCCGUAGGAGAGUAGGGACAUUUAACCGCUGCUGCCGUGCUGGCUUCUUACUGACAUAUCCAGCCAUUGUAACUUCUCUGUUGUUGUUUGGGGUUUUUUUUUUAAUAUUUUAAACGAUGGAGCGAGUUCAUGGGAUUAAGCCAUGUCUGGAAUGAAAGGCACAGGAAUGUGUAAAGGGCAGACUUGCUGUGAGAGCUCAGGUGGAGCCUGUGUUGACCUCGAGAUGUGUGAGUUGAUGCUCGUGAGCCCUCCCCGGGGUGCCUUCUGCACAGGUGGUUUAUUUAUUAACUGGCACAGCUCGAGCCCUGGGAUCUCUCCYGUUUUUCCAGGGCCUGGGCUGGAGGGAGGCAGGAGGCACAGGCCGGGAGUUCCGAGGCUGAAGCAGGUCCGUGGGGGUGUGUGGGGCUGUGGUUUUAGCGGGGUGAAGGAUGGGUGACCGGAGCGUCGGGAUGAGCAGGGCCAUGGAGGCAGGAGGGAGCGAGGCAAAGGGCAGCGCUCAUCCCAGCAUGGGGCCGGGAGCCCUCAGCAGGGCAGCGGGGCAGCGUUGGUGCCAGGAAGUUGCAGCUCUGACUAGGAAGGAGAUUUAACCACUCUUGGAGCUCCUUGUUUCAAGUGACACUAAAGAAAAGAAAUGUAAAUAAAUUAAAACAAACAAAAAAAGUUUUCUUGGAUGGUCAAAGUAAUUUAAAGCAAAAAAAAAAAAAGAGUAAUAAAACACUGGGAUCAAAGAAAACUGAACCAGGCGUGUGCUAAGGGGGGCUGCUCCAGGAGGGGACAGAGGGAAGCCUGCAGCUUCUCGUGCUUGUGGGAAUAUUUCUUUGGGAAGCCGACAAUGACACGAUAACCCGGAAUCUGUAUUUACACACAAAGAUUCUUAUUGCACUUGUAUUUUUUAUAUUAAAGUUUGCAUGAUUUCUAAUAAAAUGGCAUUAAAAUGUA